AGAUCCAGCAUAAAGUCUGGUCAGUCUCUGCUUACGCACCUUUCCCCGUCCAGCUUUCGUUAGUACCUGAACCCAAAGGGGCGAUCAAGAUGAGGCUUCUAUGCGAAACGCUCUUCCUGGUCUUGGCAAUCGCAUUCAGCUAUGCUGCACCAACGCUCCAUGAUUUCAUGAUGGCAGACCACGGCGAAGCCCACCUUACUGACGAGGCCCACCAUGAAGCCAAACCUGACCGGUGUGCCGGCAUCGAGUUUGACGCAAUCGCCCCUGACGAGAAAGGAAACACUUUCUUCUUUAAGGGAGACCACCUCUGGAAUGGAUUCAGAGGUCCAGCGCAGCUCACCAAGGAGUUCUUCAAAGAACUAAAUGACCACCACCACCUGGGCCAUGUGGACGCUGCCUUCCGUAUGCACAACAAGGAAAAACCUCAGGACCACGAUCACAUCUACUUUUUCCUGGACGACAAAGUGUUCAGUUACUACAACCACACUCUGGAGGAGGGCUACCCCAAGGACAUCCAGCUGGACUUCCCAGGGGUGCCGAGCCAUCUGGACGCUGCAGUGGAGUGCCCCAGUGGAGAGUGCACCUCCGACUCUGUCCUGUUCUUUAAGGGAGAUGAAGUGUACAACUACGACCUCGCCACACAAGCAGUGAAGAAGAGACAGUGGGCCCACCUGCCCAACUGCACGUCCGCCUUCCGUUGGCUAGAGCACCACUACUGUUUCCAUGGCCACAACUUCACGCGGUUCAACCCUGUGUCCGGGGCGGUGGAGGGAACGUACCCCAAGGACGCCCGGCGCUACUUCAUGAAGUGCGCUAACUUCAGUCAUGGGAGUGAUGUACAGGUUCCCAAAUGCAGUGAAGUGACUCUAGACGCAAUCACCUCAGACGACUCAGGCAAAACCUAUGCCUUCGCUGGUCAUAUUUAUAUGCGGCUGGACACCCAUCGUGACGGUAAACAUGCGUUCCCCAUCGGCAGGGCUUGGAAGGAGGUGGCCAACGGGGUGGACGCUGUCUUCUCCUACAGCGACAAGAUAUACUUCAUCAAGGGCAACCAGGUGUACAUAUACAAAUCGGCUGCUCCCUCCACACUGAUUGAGGGUUACCCUAAAAGCUUGAAGGACGAGCUGGGCAUCGAAGGGCCUGUGAACGCAGCAUUUGUCUGUGCAGAUCACCAUAUUGUGCAUGUUAUUCAAGGACAGAAGAUGCGGGACAUUGACCUGUCUGCAACCCCUAGGAUGGUGGGGUCAGAGUUCCCCCUGCCAUUGUCUGGCAUUGAGGCAGGCAUGUGUGGCCCUGAUGGCGUCAAAGUGUUUGUGGGCUCCAACUACUACCACUAUGAGAGCCCCAUGAUUCUGGCUUUAAGCAAGCUCAAUCCAAUACCUAUAAAAAUCACCCCAGACAUUUUUGGCUGUGUGGACUAGAUGCGAGUGUGCGAGGCCCUGUUGGAAGAAAAACUGUGAACUCAUCUGAACUUAAUUGACAACAUAGUCAAAAUCAUUUGUUGCUUCAAACCCGACAGUACAUAAAUCAUCCAAACUACAAAUGUUAUAUGUUCAGAUAAUUCUUUAUUAGCAUCACAUUUAUGCUUCACACAAAUUAAAAAGAUGUUUAAAAAAGAUG